AUGAAUUGUUUACAGAAUCGAAGAAAUAUGAUUUUUCUACUCAAUAUUUUUGGACUUGUAUAUGUGUUAACUAUUGUCUUGGGAUUAAAUUUCCAAAAUAAUACAUGGAAUACCGAACGGAAACAUAUAUCACGUAUUCGAUUCGCGGAAGAAUAUAGAAUUACUGACUACGAGAAAGAACAAUUUAUUAUUCUUCAUAAUAAAUAUAGACAAAAUUUAACUCCUCCAGCUGCUGAUAUGCAGUUCAUGGAAUGGAAUGACGAUUUAGCAAGAAUCGCUCAGGAUUGGGCUGACAAAUGUAUAUGGGAUCACGGAAACCUUCGAGAUCCAAAAUUUGAAGGAGGUAUGGGACAGAACUUAUAUAUGGGUUAUAGUCGUUCGCCAUUGGUUCACAUGAAUCUCUGGUUUAAAGAAUAUCAAUAUUAUGAUUAUUAUAGUAAUUACUGUCAAUCUGGGAAAGAAUGUGGACAUUACCUUCAACUGGUUUGGGCAAAUUCUAGAAUGUUUGGAUGUGGAUUAAAGGUUGGCUGUCGGUAUCGGAACAGAUAUUAUAUUGCGUGCAAUUAUUAUCCUGCAGGGAAUGUAAAGGGACGACAUCCAUACAAAAUAGGAGUACCUUGUUCGAAAUGUUCAAAUAGUAGUGAUGGAGGAUUAUGCUCAGAAGGAUUGUGUGUGACACGCGAACAGUGUAAAAAAUAUAAUUUGGAUGAAUGCGUUUGUAAUCUAAAAUGUCAUAAUUGUGGAAUAUUUAAAAGAGAAAGUUGCAAAUGCGAAUGUAAAGAUGGUUGGGAUCAGCUCGAUUGUUCGAGCUUCUUUAUUUCCAGGUAUCUCCAUUUGAUGUAG